AUCAGCAGAAUGCUUCACCAGAGGAGCUGCAGAGAGGCCGGCGUCCGUUGCACCUCGGGGUGGGUCAGCUCCUCUAGCAGCAACAGUGGACUUCAGUUCCCACAAUCCUCAGACAGAAUGUUUCUGUGGGCAGGAAGUAAAGCAACAGAUGGAAGAAAUGACCGCAGAUCGAUAUACCAGAAGAUCCGUGAGUACGAGGUCUUGGACAAGAGGAAGACCGUGACGGCUCUGAGGGCCGGAGAGGACAGAGCCAUACUGCUGGGUCUCAGCAUGGUCUUCCUGUCUAUCAUGAUGUACUUUGUCCUGGGAAUCACCAUCCUGCGCUCCUACUCUGACAGCGUGUGGACGGACGAGGUCAGCUGCUCCAUCGUGAACUCCACCAUAGUGUGGGAUGUGAACUGUUCCUACAGCUGUGGAGCCGAGUGCUGGAAGAGAUCCCGUUACCCCUGUCUCCAGGUCUACGUCAGCCUCAACUCCUCAGGGAAGGUGGUGCGACUGCUGCACAACGAGGAGACGUACGACAGCAACCCUGAGUGCUUCUACAUCCCAAAGUGCCGGAAGGACUACUCAGCGACGCACACCAUCAUUCAGAACAUUUCUGAUCGUCUCCGGUCUCAGCGCACCAUUCAGUGUUUCGCUGACCCCACAGACAGAUCGGACAGCGCCAUCCUCACCCAGAUCUACGGCCGGGUCGCCGUCUUCCACUCCCUGUUCUGGCCAACAUGCACUCUGAUUGGAGGAACCGUCAUCAUCGCCAUGGUGAAGCUGACACAGUACCUGUCCAUCAUGUGUGAGAGGCUGAGCCGCAUCAAGAGGUGAAGAUCUGGACGGCCACGAGCUACGAUGGAAGCUCCUGAUGUAUGGACAAGGGGGCGACUACAGCGGGUCUACGGGUCGAGACUGGAAGGUGUUUUCUGUCUGAGACAGCUGGACUGCUGAAAGACACUGACAAUCUCAAAGCAGCUACAAAGACAAGCGGGUUUUUCUACAAAGGGUCAAAAUUCAGAUUUGACGAUGAUCCCAAUGUGUUGUGCAGCUUGUCACCACAGCUGGUGUUUAAAGCUCAGUUACAAUCGUUGAAAUUGUCGUUUUUGUUGGCCAGUAAUUUCAUCAGAUUUGCACAAAUGUGACAUGCUGUGCUCAGAUAGCCACCUGCUCCACUCUCUGGCACAACUAGUUUUAUUGCCAAAAUGUCAACCAGUUCUUUUAAAGACAGGUCAUCAUCUUCUCAAACUGCAGCUUGGCACCAAAAAGUGACUUUUCAGCCCCGUGUUUAUCAUCUCUGUUCUGAUCUGUGUGAAGAUCAAGUGGGGUUUGGCUUAAGGGCUUGAUGCCUUAAAACAGACACAAGUGGAGUUUUGUGCCUUCGAGUCGUUUCACUGAAGCAGACUUCUGUUCGUCCACUUUCUGUUCGUGUCCCUUUAAUUUUUCCAGAUGACUUCAGUAAGUGCAGAGUGUGAUCACAGUGUUUUCAGGCUUUUCCUGCAUAAAUGGAUUUUUGGCACAAAGACAUGUCAGCCAGAGCCAAAGGAAAACCACCGGUGCCAAAAUGAUAGCAACUGAGAAUUGUUUUUUAAAUUAACCCGUUUUGUGAAUCAGGGCUUUGCUCACCUAUUCGUACAUAUGUUGGUUUUUACAUGUGGCCAUUACGAAAAGGAAACUGCAUAGACUUCCUGUCAAAAAACACAACACAGAGUCACUGCCUUCACUGUAAAUCACACAAACUGUUGUGCAUUGUCACCCACAAACUGCCAUCAAGAGCUUGUCUUCGCCGUCUUAGUUUUACAGGUUUUUGGCGAGUGAUUCAUCUGAGUUUGAUUCGGUAGGUCACUGCUAAAGAAACCUCUUUAAAUUUGUUGUCAGGGGCUCCGUGGCUGAAAGGACCAGAGAACAUGAUUCCGUCUUUGGUUCGAUGAAAUUCUGCAAAAGCAAACAGGUGAUAAACAGAAAGGUUUCCCGUCAUCUCGUCUGGAUGCCUCUUUUCUGUCUAACACCAGCGUGAGCUCACUCACCACAUCCAUUACCGCUAGACUGGUGCAGAUGUUGGUGGCGUCCGUCCAGAUUCUGCACAUGAUUGCAGAGAAACAAAGGAAAUGGCCUCCUGACAGGAAAACCAGUGAAGCCCAUUUUCUCGCACUGGGUUUUAUUUUAGCUCGUCACAGUUAAACCAUGGCUGGCUCUGAUUGGUUUAAAUGUUCUUUCCAAAUAAGUUUUGUUACAGGAAUCAAUGUGCUGCCAAAUAAACACAAUGUGCCUCUUGAUAACAA